AUGCCUCUGCACAGGAUUUAUACCGCUUCAGGCGUUUAUUCUGCCGCUGAAAAACAAGCUCUUGCGACCGCGAUCACAGAAAUAUAUGCACCAUUUGGCCUCCCUGCAUUCUACAUUAACGUCUUCUUCAUCGAUCUGCCCAAAGACUCGUAUUACAUUGGCGGAAAGCCCGACGACUGCUUCGUUCGCUUCAACGUCCAGCACAUCGAAAGGGGCUUUCCCAAUAAGCAAGCUAAGCUUCAGUACCUGGAAAAGUACGAGCAGGUCCUGAAGCCGUUCACUGCUGACAAAGGACUCAACUGGGAGGUUAACAUCGACCCAGCUGACUCCUUGGUCUGGCAUAUAAACGGGGUGUCUCCGCCCUUACUUGACUCGGAGGCGGGGAAGCUGUGGGUGAAGCUGAACAAGGCGGUACCGUUUGAGGGACCAUCAUUCAAGGACUUGGAUUGA